GAGCGUUGGAUCUGUGAAGCCAGACGAGAAACCACCAUGGCACCUACUGUUCAUUCGCUAACGCCGCCCUCCGGCUCCGACAUCGACUUCGGAGCCGUCAUCAACAACGUCGACCUCGAGAACCUGACCGACGACGACUUCCACACCAUCCACGACGCACUAUACAAGCACCUCGUCGUCGUCGUCAAAAACCAGCACCACCUCACCCCACGCGCCCAAUACGAGCUGACGCGACGCUUCGACCCCACCGCCUCCUCCUACGGCCAUGGCAAAACAAUCGACGCAAAGCGCUCGAUCCUACACCCCGACCUGAAGACAGUCCCCCACCAGCCACAAGUCCAAGUUAUCGGCCACGGCCACAUUGACAGCUACGAGGGCCUGACCGACAUUCAGCUGAAGCACCCGCAUCACCGCACCUUCCAUCGAGACCCGAUCCCCGAGGCCGAAGACCACGACUUCACGCGCUUCUACCGCUGGCACAUCGACGCCGCGCUGUACGACCUGCACCCGCCGCGGGUGACCACGCUGCUGGCCGUGCGGGUGCCGCGUGGCCGCCGCCAGACGCUGCGUUACGACGACGGGUCCGAUGAGACGCUCGAUGUGCCGCUGGGUACGACUGCGUUUGUCAGCGGUGAGCGCAUGUACAACCUACUCUCUGAGGAGGAUAAGGAGUUUGUGCGCACGAGUCGGGUGGAAUAUGCGCCGCAUCCAUACAUCUGGAUGUCCCCCGCCCGCGCCCUCCCCACAGGCCUAGGUCUCUACUCCGAAGACCGCGAGCUCCCCACCGCCUCCCUCCCGGCUAUCGACCAGACCAAAAUCCAGAUCCUGCCUAUGGUGUGGAAGAACCCGGUCACCGGUGCCCCGGCCGUGCAGAUCCACCCCUCCGCUAUGCGUAAGAUUCAUCUGAAAGAUGGCACCGUCAUCGACGAUUUGAAGGAAGUCCGGAAUAUAGUGUACCGGUUGCAGCGGCCGGCCAUUAGUCCCCAGUAUGUGUAUCCGCAUGAUUGGGAGGAGGGAGACCUCGUCUUGUUUCAUAAUCGGGGGGUGCUGCAUUCGGUGGUCGGAGCCUUUGGGGAGGGGGAGGUCCGGUUGUUUAGACAGUGUAAUUUGGCAGCGGGGGAGGCGCCGGUUGGGAUGGAGUGAAAGGGGUAUUCGAAGGGUAAGGAGUUGUAUAGAUAGAUAAUUGGG